GCCUUUUUCUUAUUAUACCUCCGGAAAAGACUACGAGCCAAUUCGAGUCUGAGUCAUUCACAGUUCGAGCGCUUCAUCACGAAAUUUACGCAUUUAUUAACAUGACAUUGCGUUUCAUUCGGUGAUGGUGAGAAGAUGUGGAAUGGAUGCCAGCCCCGAUAUCCGACACGACACGAACAUCACUCAAUGAUGAACCCUAUCAAGGAUUUUAAGGAGUAUAUUGGUUUAAAUGUGGGUGGAAAGAUCUACCAAACGUCCCGGUCCACCCUACUGCGGUAUCCAAACACCUUCUUUGAUUCACUGUUCGAAGGUAGCGCCGAUCAUCCGAAGGAUGAACAGGGGAACCUGUUGCUUGAUCGAGAUGGUGAGACAUUUCGCCAUAUCCUCAACUUCUUGAGGUACGGGAGGGUAGUGAUCCCGGAGGAGUUCGAUGAUUUUCACCUUCUUGAACGUGAGGCUGAUUUUCUGUCGCUUGGGGAACUCAAGAUGGCGUUGACAGACAUGAAGAGAUCCAGGGGAGACGUAGGGUUGAACGUUGGUGGUAAGAUAUACAGGGCAUCGAUGAGGACUUUAACGAGCGUCCCGAAAAGCUUCUUCCAGGAGAUGCUACAAAGUGACCAUCCUGUCAAAGAUGACCUAGGAAAUUACCUCAUCGACCAAGAUGGUGAGGUAUUCCGUCACGUUCUCAACUUCCUGAAGUCAGGGGAGCUCGUGCUACCAGAGGGGUUCAAGGAAUUCGAUUUACUUGAACAGGAGGCCAGAUCCUUUAGGUUGGACGACCUUCAGAAAAUGGUUCGGGCAAGACGUGUCAGAACAGUCGGUUUUGUAAUCAACGGUCAGGUAUUCACAUUGCAUCGGGAGGACGUGCUGAGAGAGAAGGAUUCACUCUUUGCCACCAUCAUGAGCGGUGAGUUCACAGUCCCCAAUGAUCAUCAGGGAAACUACAUCAUAGAGAGACCUGUUGAUGCUGUACAUUACUUAAUUCACUACAUCAAACAUGGUGGAAUAUUCAAAGACAUGACUCAUAAGGACGUGGCGCGUCUUAAGAAAGAAGCUGAAAUCUUCAGGCUGCAUGGACUAACGACGUUGCAUCUGAAAGGCGUUGAGGCUGCCCAAGGGAAUGUUAAAGAAAAAAACUUAUUCCUUUACAUAAUCUUUGAUCAUCGUCAUGACCAUCACUACAUUUACAGUGACCAGGAACCCUGCGUUGCUUACAUCAACAAAUCGCCAGCUUUCUUCACUACUAACACCGAAGGGCAACUCCUUCGUGAUGUCUUUCUCGAUGGCAUGAUUACCCUAUGUACUGUAGGUAGUAGCAGCGUGUCCACUGGCAAGGUAGAUGUGCAGAAGAUAAAGUCACAGGGAAAUGGGAGGAUCGGAUUGGAUGACUUUGCUGCAUACUUUUCAACAAAUAUGCCUGGAAGUAGCGUCGAUACGAUAGGAACUUGUGGUUAUUUUAGUUUGCUAAAGGUCGUAGUUCCUCUAACCUUCCCGUAAAAUUUUGUGACUAUAAUGUUCCUCUUUAUUUCUCUGUACCUAUACUACUCACUAUGUUUUUCUUCCUGCUCUCCCGAUCUCCUUCGUACUUCCCCUGUCUAUUUCGAUCUACAAAUGUAAUUGUCUUUGUUCGUUUUCCCAUCUUGCUAUAUCACUAGUAUUUUUCAUCAUAUCCAUGACGAUGCUGAUGUCGUUACUAGGAUCCAGGAAUUUCGUCUCCUAAUUUCGUUUGUGUAAAUGUGCCCCGAAGAUAACUGUUGUCUUUGAACUAUUUAAGUACUACUCGAGAGAGCCCAUGGGAUAUAGCUCUGUUUCCCUUGACAAAUUUAGUAGUACCAGCAAACUAAUGCCCAUCGUCCAUGAGAACUAUCAAGUACAUGUAUAUAUAUUUAUAUUAUAUCAUGGUAAACAUAUUUUUCGUAUGUACUAGACGUAAACAUGUUAAAGGGAUGCUCCGGGCUGAAAACUGAUU